AUGGAAGAGGAUGAAGAUGCAGAAGAAGCAGAAACAGAAAAGGGUACAAAGAAGUUAAAAGAAGAAAUAAAAACUAUCACAGAAGUAAAAGAAAUAAAAAAUAUAGAAAAUAAAGAGGGAGAUGAAAUAAAGAAGAGCACAUCAAGUAAAAACGAAAAAAGAGAAAUAGAAGGUGAAGAAAAAAAAAAGGAGAAAGAGAAUGGGAAUGAUAAUGAAGAAAAGGCAAAAAAAAGAGUAGAAGAAAAAAGGCAUACAAAAGAAAAUAAAAUAGAAAAUAUAAAUAUAUUUAAUGAAGAAAAUAAUCAAUGUUAUAAUUACGAAACAUUGAAUAAAUCUUUUAUAUCUCAGAAUUCUAAGUUAGAAGAAAAUAAAAUUUGCGAUGCAUGUAAUCAUUGUGAUGAUGCAUGUUCUUCUAUGUUAUGCUACAAUUGUAAAAUAAAAAAAAAAAAUAUAUACAAAAAAUAUAAAAGUUCAAAAAAUAGUAACUUAAAAAUAUGUGAAAAUAAUAUGAAAAAAAUAUUUUGGUUAAACAAAAAAAUGCAUGAAAGUAUAAUUUUCACUAGUCAAAAAAAUGAGAAAAGAGAUAAUGAUAAUAAUGAAAACAUAAAGAAAAACAAAGAAAAGACAAACAACAAAAAAAAGAUAGAUACCAUAGAUAAAAAUCACGAUAUGCUAAUUUCUAGUACUAAAGAUAAAAAUAAUAAUGAUGAAGAAAAAGAUAAUUAUAAUAUUUUAAAAAAUAUAAUUAACAAAAAUAAAAGUAGUAUAUAUUCAGAAAGUGAUAGUGAUAAAACAACGGAAUAUAACGUAACAAAAUAUAAACAAUAUUUUACUAAAUGUGAAAUUAAGAGACAUUGUAAAAUCAAUGAUUGUUGGGUAAUAGCAAAUGGAUAUGUAUACGACGUAACAACAAUUAUGGAACAUCACCCAGGUGGAAUUAAUUGUAUUUUAAAAAAAGGUGGAGAAGAUGCAACAGUUGAUUAUCUUUUUCAUUCAAAAUAUGCUCAAAAAAAUUUUUGGGAACCCUUAAAAAUUGGUAAAGUUGUCAAAUGUAAAAAAGAAAUUUUAGAAGAAAAGAAAAAAAAAAAUCACAAUUCAUCAAAAAAAAGAAAUUUAUGUAUUUUUAUGUAA